AUGGUAGAGGAGAAGAGGGAGAGGGCGGAGGAGGCGUCCGAGAGCCCGCAGAAAUCUCCGCGCCUGGACCCGCUGGCUGCGGCCGUGGCAGGUCCUGGAUGCAGCGACGCGCCUGCGUCUCCGACGGAGUCGAGCGACGAGUGGCCAUCGUCCGGGGAAUCGGAGGCGGGGACAAGCAGCGACAGUACCGGCGAUGGCGGGCGGUGCGAGCACAUACGCUUGGACCGCGAACUCCUGGAUAUGCACGUGUAUUAUCUCACGGAGCAGCGGGCGGUGCUCCGGACGUGCCAUCUUAGUAAGUGCAAGACGACCUGUAAGGGCAACGAAGGGAUGAUGAAGUGCAUAAACUGCUCCAGAUUCUUCUGCUCUGGGUGGCCGGUGAACAGGGAAAGCCCGCAGGAACAUGCCCUCUGGCACGCUGGCGAGAACACGCAUUGGGUUGCUCAGUGGUGCGAUGAACCGAAUUUGGGAUACUGCUUCUUGUGUGCGCGCGGUAUGAGGCUCAGUGACCGGAGCGAAGAUGACUAUGCAGUGGCGGCCAGAAACAAAAAGGAUCAGCAAGGACUGGGGGAUAGCGUUGCAAAGGAUGGCUGGGGAUCGGUGUCUGGCAUUGCAAAGGAUGGGUGCAAGCCGGGGGGCAAGAACCCGCAGAACCCUGAGAACACGCAGAAAUACCCGCACCUGGACCUGCCUGCGUCCAAGGCACCUGUGUUGUUGAGCGAGUCGCCAUCGACGGGGGAAGUGGAGGAGACCAGCGACUGCACAUACGACAUCGGGUCAUGCGAGCACUUGUUCAAGGACAGGGAGGAGCUGGAUGAUAUGGUGCAUGAUAUCAAGACCGCCGAGAAGCCCCCAGAGUGCGAGCAUUUCCUGUGCACGACCACCUGCACCUGGAGGGGAGCUGCUGCUAGGUUUAUGGUGUGCACGGAGUGCACCUCUACUUUCUGCACCGGGGAGAAGGGGGGCAUGGAAAAUCCGCAGGGACACGCCCGCUUGCACGCCACCAGGGACUACCAUUGGGUUGCUCUGUGGUACGAUGAACCGUAUAAGGGCUACUGCUUCGAGUGUGGGCACGUUCUGAAGCUCGGUCAGGACAAGCUGAGCGAUGAUGAGUGGGCAGCUCUGGCCAGAAAUAAAAGGGUUGAGCGGGCAAUGUCGGCCAGCAAUGGAUGGGAUGUGUGGCGAACGGUGCCCGAGAGUUAUGCAAAGGAUUUGUGGGCAAUAGUGACCGGCAAUGAUGCGUCUGGGUAUGCUAAUGGGAAUGGCUGUGUUAUCAGAGGGUUGCCGAAUCUUGGAAACACAUGCUACAUGAAUGCACUGCUUCAGUGCCUCCUUGCACUCGGUGAGCUGAGGACAACGAUUUUAGGACCGGGUGCUCGGCUGGGGAGCAUUGGUCUGCACCUGAAGCAAUUAUUUGUGGAGACAAGCAGCACAAAUGAUGCCAGGCACACGCUGGAUCCAGAGAUGCUAUUGGAAGGUAUGCGGGUGUUUAAUCCACAGUUCAAGGGCUCUUAUAUGCAGGACAGCCAAGAGUUUCUUACAUCUUUGCGCACUGCUUUGGAGGAGGAGACGAAGGACCUAAACAAAUUUCAUGGGGGUGCAGAGUUUCGUCCAAUUGGCAAUUCCAUUUUCGGGGGCUGGCUGCGUCAGACCUUAUACUGCAUAAGUUGCCCAACUAAAUCAGUUUUGGAUCUGCAAUUCGAUGAGCUCCAACUGGCACUGCCAUCAAAGGAUUGUCCAGCCAGAAGUGUUACGUUACCACCAAUGACCAGAAGCGGUGGAUCUCCGACGAAGACUCGUAAGGAACUAUUCCAACAAACCGACAAGACCGAUGGAGAAAAGAUUCAAACAAUUGCUGAAGGCUGUGAUUCUCAGUUUCCUGGUUCAGAAUUUGGAGAUGUGGCCAUGGAGAAAAUACCCAAGCCUUUGCAAGUUGAUGACACUUUUGGGGAUGGAGCUCUGGUGAUAGUUAAGCAGAGAAAAUUGUUAAGGCCAUUUUACAUAUGGAUUAAAGAAGUAGCAGCAAAGCCUUUGGGGUGGCUACGAAAAAUUGGGCUGGAUGUUUCAACAGUCUUAGCAUGGCAAAAGUGUUUGCUAUAG